AUGGAGUACCCGUUAAAAUUUGACUUUGACCCGGACCAGUUGGAUAACCUGCUGGAUUACAUUCUGAACGAAUGCCCGCAGGUUGUUUUCCAAAUGCUGGCCAGAAACAACUCGAAGAAGAAGAAAAAGGAAGUUAAUAAAAUUUGCAAAAAUACUAAAAACAAUUUAGAUGUUGGUGCUAAAAAUGGUGAUACUAACAGUCAGGACGACAAUAUUGGUAACUCACGUGACGUAAAUAAUGUUGACGAAACAAUCAUUUCAACAACUGCAAAACCACCAUCGACAACAACAACAUCCACGUCAACAGCAACCAACAACAACAGCAACAAAAGCCAUGUUAAAUGUCUCAAAAGUUCAACAAACAUCAACUUAGCCAUUGCAUUUGAUAAUAAAUGCUCUUGUAUCUAUGCGAAAGAAAACAGUAUGAAGCGUGAGGAACUGGAUUCAAAUACGACCAGGGACGAUGUUUUUGUUAUUCACAAUGUACAGCCAGCUGAAGAGAAACCGAUUUUUAUUUAUAACGAGUGUAUUGAGGGAUGUACUGUUAAAAAUCCGACAGUUAUCGACGAUAUUCGAACCGAUAAAACCGAUCGAAAAAAUGCGGAAAGUUUGAUAAACAACGACGACAACAAAAUUAUCAUGAGUAGUGUUACUAAUGAAAUUGCAAGCACAAAAAAUACAUCCAGUGUUGAUGAUGCUAACAAUGAAAGUCAAAAUGAUUCUAAAUCAACAAAUGUCAAGUGCGAUAAUACGGACAAGACCGAUAUAAUCGAUUCACAGACCGAUAGAAAAAUACCCGAAUAUAAUGUCGGUAUGCCAAUGAGCAAUGAUGGCCCCGAUGCUAAUAUGAACCUCGCAUCAACAUUACUAACCUCUUCUACAACUUCUACAACUACUUUUGUUACUGCAACAACGUCAGGGUUAACAACACCAUCACCAACAACAUCAUUAUCAUCAACAACAACAUCAUCGUUGUCAUCAUCAACAACAACGACUUCAUCAUCAACAACAGCAUCGUCAGCUUCAGCAGCUAUAAGCUUGACCCCAACUGCCACAACUACAACAGAAACUAUUCAAACAUUAAGUCCUACAAUCGAAGAGGUUCCAUCUGAAACCAUUCAAUUUAAAUGCAUACAUGAAAACAUCGAGCUAAUUUCACAUGGUUAUCUUGAGAAAGAUCUUCUAAAUGAGCGCGUCAUAAUUUAUGACGUCAAGCCGGAAGAUGAUCUCGACAUCAAACUAAUCUGCCUCAAUCAAACCGAAACCGAAACUAAAAACCCAAAACAUUUGAAAGUAAAAAUGGUAAAGAAUGACAGUAUAAAACGAGCGAAGUCUUUAGAAAGUCAUAUGAAUAUAGAUAUCAUCAAAAGGGAGAAAAAAACCUCCAAAGAUCCGAAAAAAAUUAUCAAGCGCAUAUCUUUUGCAGAAGACGAAAAUAACAACAUUAAGACCCACACAAUCCCCUUCCCAACCAAGACCAAAACCAUUCUCACUGACACUAAAUUGCCCAAUAACGACAUCUGCUAUCCGGACGAUACGGAUACGAAUACAAACGGAUCAAGCACACCAACGCAGGAAAACCCAUUAAUUCCUAAUAGAAAACACGACCAAAAUGAUAAAAAUUUCCCCCAAAACAUACUCCGAGAAUUAGAAGAUGAGUUAGAGCGGUUGAACGAUGUUAUGAAGGGUCAAUGUGUUGAUCCGGGAUUCCACAGUAAGGAUAGGGAUAAAGAAAUUAGCAGUAGCAGUAGUAGCCUCACGACUCCCAUUACUGCUAUUUACAGUAGUAACAGCAGUAUUAAUAGUACUAGAAGAGUUAGAAAUAUUCGACCAUCCGAUAAGUAUGCUGACUACCUGAAGGAAACGUACGAUCAUUUGCCUCAUUCUAAAAGCAAAAGGGCACAUUCUGCCGUUACAUCCGUCCAUGUAUCCAAACUGGAUGAGAGAUCUAAGACCCUGCGUCCCUAUGACAGCCUCAGCAGUAAGUCGAGCAGUUCGGCUGAAAUAGCGAUAAAACCAUCCAUCAAUCGCCAAUCCGCAGAUUCCGACAACAACAAAAACGAUGAUGACGUGGACGAUGACGUAGAUGAUGGCACAGGAAGUGCCAUUUUCUGCGGCGCGAAACGAGAAUUUUUCAAAGGCAUAAAGAACUGGGAUAUACUACAAAGUAGGUCGCUCCUGAAAGACAGAAUGAAAAAAAAAAGUUCGAAAAAUUUGCCGCACCAUCAUCAGCAGCAGCAACAACAACAACAACACCAGGAUCAUCAUCAGCGCCAUCGCCCUAACCAGGAUCAUCAUCAUCAUCACCAUCGUCGUCGUAACGACGAUGGUGAUGAUGGCGACGAUGAUGUUGAAGCUGCUUCUAGUAAUAGUUCCGUGGAGACUGCCAGCUAUGAAAAUGAUAGGAGCGAACUGUCAUCAUUGUUGAUGGAAGAAAUGGAUGAAGCACUAGAUAUAUAUUUGCAUGAACAAAACUCAACUAAGACCUUUGACUUCGGAAAAAGUAUGUCGUCUUACGAGAAAAAAUCGAAGAAAAGUACAAAAUACCAUGUAGAUUCCUGGUACAAACCUCACAUUUCUAAAACCGAAGCCCAGGAAUACUUGAGGAAUAAGCCGGCCGGUUCAUUUGUAAUCAGGAACAGUAAUUCAUUUCAGCGUGCCUAUGGUCUGAUGUUGAGAGUUGACCAACUCUCGUCAAGACACUCUAUUGAAAAUUGUAAUUAUGCUAGCCUGAAAGAGCUUGUAGAGGAACAUACGAAGGUUGCUUUGUCAUUACCUUGUAAGCUCAUUAUGCCAGGCGUUCCAGCGCCACCUACCCUGACAUGCAAUGUUUUGUACCUGUGUACGGAACCGGUAGAGCACUUGGCGGAGUCAGCUGCCCUGGCAAAAGCUCUCGAGCAGAUGAAUAGGAAAUUAAAUAAGUAUAAAGAUUUAAGUGGCACAACUGUAUGUAAUCUAAUGCUGUCAGUGGAUGGAGGCUUGGUGCUGACUGAUUCUUGUAGAAUGUGGGCAUGGACGGAUGAGUCCAACCAUAAGACGAACAUUUCGAAAGUUUUCGGUAUAGUCACACGAACGCCUCAGUGCAAUACUGAUAACGUCUGCCAUUUAUUCGCCGAACUCGACUUUCCGGCAGACGAGAUUGUGGACAGCGUUUUACAGCUGAUUGCUAAUUUAGAACAUCAUUAA